AUGUCACUCUCCGUCGUCGCGAUUGCCGGAGCCGCCGGUCAUCUAGGCCAGCACAUCGCGGCCGCUUUCCUCUCCGCGCCGUUCCAAGAUGCCUUUUCCCGAAUUAUUCUUCUCUCACGAAGCGAACAAGGCAGCUCGUCUCCAUUGGCGAAGUACAAAUCCCACAGCAAGGUGAUAUUCCGGCAAUACGACGAAGAAGAUCCCCAGUCCGCAUUGGACGGCGUACAGAUCCUCGUCAACGCUGUCGGUGCAACCGGCCACGACUUUAAAGAGAAACUCCUCCGCGCUCUCCCCGGAUCAGGCAUUCGAGUGUAUUUCCCGUCAGAGUUUGGGGUCGAUCACUAUGUGCACGACUUUCCGCAUGGCGAAUGGGAUAAGAAGAAGAAGCAUGAUGCUCUGGCGCGGGAGAUUGUUCCUGACGUGAAGGUGUGUCGGGUAUUCUGCGGUUUGUUCCUGGAGGAUAGUAUCGGACCGUGGUUUGGUCUGAACACCAAGCAUGGCAAGUAUGGGAGUGUCGGAUCUUCUAAGAGCCCUGUGUCGUUUACAGCGCUAGACGACGUGGGAAGGUCAGUUGCGCAGUUGGCAGCGAAGCCUUUUGACCAGAUCCCGGAGAAGGUGCAUAUCGGCGGUGAUACGCGGAGUAUCACAGAAGUAGCGCAGAUAAUGGAGCAGGCUGGUGCUGGGAAGAUCGAAGUGAGUGAGGUCGACCUGAACGAGUACAAGGCCGAAACGACAAAGGACAUCUCGUCCACCGAUCCGGCUCGGUUCCUGCGAUUCCUAAUGGGCGAGAGGAAGAUCGAGCAUACCACGCAGGGCCUGGGAAAUAGUAACGAAAGCGUCAAUCCGGGAGAGGGCGUGUGGAAAUGGAAACGAAUGGAGGAAUUGGCGAAGGAGACCGGAGGAAGACCAUGGGGAGACUAUGAGUGGUCUUAA